UUUACAACCCGAGACGAAUUCCGUUCAUUCUCUCAAUCAAACUUCAUGUGAAUAGUUAUUAUAAUCAAUUUGAUUAAGAAAAUAAUGAAAAGUGUUCUCAAAUACACAACGUAUAUCACAUUUGCGGUGAACGUCCUCAUUUGUUUGGGAUGCCCCCACGAAACGGAAAAUGUGAAGGCUGCAUACAAAUCUGGCGAAGCGUUCGAACAGAAUAUGCCGAUAACACUCGAGAACAUCAAGAGGAAACUAAAAGAAAGCGGCAUCUUUAACUGGCAGGACCCAAAGUUGACUGAUCGAGAGAGAAAAGAACUUACCAAGUUAUUCGAAGCUGUUGAAAUCAUGACAACAUCCCGUGCUCGUCAGCCAUCGAACGUUCAAAACAUAUUCUAUUCUUUACGGAUGGUCGAGAGAGCGCUUAAGAAACAAGUGAAAGAGGGGCAGAUAUCAGAUACAUUGGCUGCGAAAUUCCGCUGGGAAAAACUGUUACCACGACGCAGACAAGAAAGGUCGACAUACCAUUUAGAUAAGAAGACGAAUAUGAGAGUUUUCAACAUAAACAAAUAAACAUAGUUGCAUUAAUGUAUAACGUAAGAUUAAAUUUGUAAGAGGAUAUAAAUGAAUAAAAUAAGGAGAGGCUCACUGUAAGGUUAAAUCAUACCAGUGUUGCCAGUUAAGCUUGUAAAGUUACAAUUUUGUGGUGAAAGUUACGAAUUAAUAUUUUUAUAAAUUAUUUUCAGAUAUUGUUUUAUAUACUUAUUAUUAUAUUUAAAUUUUUUGAUAAAAAAUUAAUAGCGUGUUCAAAAAUCAGUACGCGUUAAUAGAACUUAACUAAUUUUAAAAAUGACUACAUGACAUGAUUACUGCUACCAUGCGUCCCGUUUUAAAUGGCAAAGUCCCGAUUUCAAGCCAAUUGUACUACUCUCUUCACGAACCUCUAAAUCUAAUCAUUCGCACUCUCUUUCCCCUUACCAACAUAUCUUCCGUCUUUGUUGCUAGACAAACUAACAAAGGUAUAGAAACGUGACCUUAGAAUUUGCCCUGUUUUGCCGAGGAAGUUAAAUUUAAAUUAACAACAAAUCAUAAGAUUUUGUAUUAUUAGUUAUAAAAGUCCUCCUCAUUAUUUAAUCUAGGCUUAAGAUGAAAAUCGAUUUGUGCUUAUUAGUAUUGGUUUGUUAAACUUAACCGAUUAUAAUAAACAUUUCUUUGU